UACAGAGUAUAAAUACCUGCGGUUUUUCUGCUCAGAUACUUCACAACUGUUUCUUCGCAAUCUGUCGUUCUGUGGUUUUUCUGCUGAGGAACUUCACAACCGCUUCUUCGCAAUUAAGCAUUCGCUCAGUUAAUUUUUUUUGCUAAGUUACGCUUUUCUCCGUACUUUCGAAACCGCUUAAAGAAUGAGUAAUUUACACUAUAAAAAAGACGGUUCACUGGACAUGCGCUACUCGUCAUCGCGAGCCGCCGCCGCCAGCAGUUCCAGCAGUAGUACAGCGUAUCCAUCGUCUUCCAUAUCGGCACCCAGUCCCAGCUUCACAUCUACCAAUCCCAGCAGCAGUACAGCGUACCCAUCGUCCUCCGUGUCGGCACCCAGUCCCAGCUUCUCUUCCAACAUUUCCAUGCCCUCGUACCGCGAAUCUUCCGCCAGCAGUGAUCUGCACUACAAAAAAGACGGAAGUUUGGAUAUGCGGUACACUUCAUCGCGAGCCGCUUCAACCGAACCCAGUGUCGCUCGGGCAGUCCCGACGGCCAGUACAGCCAGCAGUGACCUUCACUAUAAAAAGGACGGGACGCUGGAUAUGCGGUACAACUCUUCGCAACAGGCGGCCAGCGUCAGCAGUCCCGUAGCUGCGGCGCCUGCUGAGCGGGAUGAUCGGCAUUAUAAGAAAGAUGGCUCGCUGGACAUGCGGUAUACUUCGUCGAAAUUAGCUAGUGUAGCGAAAGAUCGUAAUGGCGGUCUGCAUUACAAGAAGGACGGGACGCCGGACAUGCGAUAUACUAGUUCUAAGCAGGCGGCAAACAACAACCAUUCAGCUGGUUCCCAGCCUAACGCUGCGCUCGUUCCGGAAAAACUACACUACAAGAAGGACGGCACCCUGGACAUGCGCUACAAAUCCAGCCGUAACGCCCAACAAGAAGUGGAUAACUACAACGCCCACGCUCGGGAGGAGUAUCUAGAAAAUCUGAUGCAGGAAGCGGCGCUGCGGCGUUUGUGGCAGCAACAGCAGGCGGAAGUCAUCCAGAUUCCUCGUCAACCGGAAUACAUAACACCGGAACAUCUGGCGACCAUCCGGCAACAGUACACCCAGCUGGAACGGGGCGACAUUGACAGCAUUCGUCUGGACGAUGCCCGCGAGAUCCCGUAUACCGCUCUAAAGAUCACUGGUAAGAAACUCGGUUCCGGAGCGUUUGGCGACGUGGUCCUGGCGGAAUGGGGCAGUAUGCAGGUGGCGCUGAAGACACUGCGCCCGGAAGCGCAACCCAACCGCCGCGAGAGGCAGUUAUUCAUCCGGGAGAUCGCCAUCCUGGCGCAGUUAGGCAAGCAUCCCAAUCUGGUGGCGUUUCAUGGGUACUGUCUGGACCCGUUGAGCAUCGUGAUGGAAUACGUGGAGCUGGGGAAUCUGCAUAAUUUGCUGCAUAUUUGUGUGGAUCGCCAGGUGGAGCUGAAGAUCGCGGAUGGGCGGAUUAAGAAGAAUAUCAUCAUCGGGAUCGUGGAUGGGAUGAAAGCGCUGCACGAUGCCGGGAUCGUGCACGGGGAUUUGAAGCCGCAGAAUGUCCUGGUUGACCGGAAGUAUCAGGCGAAGAUCACAGAUUUCGGGCUGGCCAAUCUGCGUUACAAGGCAUCGUCGGUGGUGCACACGGAGAAAAGUCAGGAUUACGAGAUUAUCGGCGGCACUGCUGCUUAUAUGGCACCGGAAUCCAUGGACAGCACCAAGGAGUCUAAUUUCAGUCAGCCUAAGUUCAGCAGCGACGUCUACGCUUUUGGCAUCGUGCUGAACGAGCUGGCUACGGAGGAAGAGCCAUACGCUGAUCAGUACCGCAACUUUGCCGGUCAUGGUCCGUUCGCCGCUGUGAAAUUCGCCCAACAAGGCCGCCGACCACGCAUCGGAGAGAAGGUCCGCGCCGACCUCGUGGCGCUGAUUAAGAGCUGCUGGGACGCCAAGCCAGAGCGUCGUCCGACCUUUGCCAGCAUCCAGGAAACGGUUCGCGGCAAUCGCUUCCAGAUGCCCAACGGUCCCGGUCUGAACUGAAUUAUUCUCGGCCAUUCAGCAUACACCAGAUAUCUUCCAUCGGGCCUUAACGAUUCCCUGUAUUUGAUUAAAUUUACGACGUUUAGCGCAAAACAUUUGUUCAAUGUCGCACCGCAUUUCGCACGUUUUAUCACCGAUUAUUUUUCCGUAGGAGUACCGCUAAUACUGCAGAAUGCAGACCACAAUCAGUUGAUUAUGGUCUUACAUAGCCGUGGUAUCCGCAUUUCCAUAGCCGCUGUAUCCGUAUUCCACAUAGCCGUUGAAUCCGUAUUUCCAUAAUUAUAAUUCUAAGUUAUCCAGUCGACCUAAAGAACUGUUUCUUGUUUUGGCUUCGCUUUCUGACACUUAUUGAGCCAUUGAUUUAUUUGUCGUACUUGCUGCUAAAAUUAAUAAAAAAAUGUGGUGCCUGUGA